AUGUCUGGCUGGUAUCACACGAAGGGCGGAGUCGAGCUCAUGUCCGUUGUUCGUGUCCGUUGUUCGUACAUAGCUUUUCCAGAUGUCCUUCUUUGCUUAUGUGUGUUGAAGAUAUCGCCCGGUCGCUGCAAUUCCCGAGAUGACAAUGAUAUGGGUGAGUUGUAUGUUAUGCAAAUGGUAGAACGAUUGUUUACUCGGAGUGAUACGUGCUCUAUAGUCGAAUCGAAUCUAAUAGUGUUUAAUCUGAGGUUAACAGGCCCAAAUAGCAAGCAAAUAUAUACUGCAGAGAUAUUGAGAGCAGCCAUAGACUCCAACGCACUCUCGCAGAUACUUGUCACUCGAGGCAAGAGUUUAAAGGUAGAAUUUUCGAAGAAAUUAGUUCCUCGCCGCGUUGCGAGAAUACUGAUCUUAUCCGGAAACUUCCGUAGGCUAUUCACGCCCAUAGCUACAGGGUCUCACGACUCUUUUACCGAACUCCAUCAAUACCAGGAAUAG